AACAGCGUUCCCAGAGGCAGGAGGAGGGCUUGGGACUGGCAGUUUCUUCCACCUCCACAGAGGCUCGAUGGCGGGAAAGACCCCUUCCCUUUAGGGAGAAGUGGGUGACGCUGCGACUGUCAGCGGCGCGCUUCUGCACCCGUCAGAGCUCUGACGACUGGCCGCUAGCUUCCCGAGGCCCUGCCUGGAAGGAUGUCAAUGGAUAUUAUAAAGGGAAACCUAGAUGGAAUUUCAAAACCAGCCUCAAAUUCAAGAACACGUCCUGGGAGCAGUAGUUCAAAUGCUUCUUUGGAAGUGCUCUCACCAGAACCAGGGUCUUUCAAGGUUGAUACUGCAAGCAAGUUGAACUGUGAUAAAAAGGACCACUCAGACUGCAGUAAUACAGAGGAAAGAAGAAAUAGUAACGACGAUAAAGGGGAAAAUCACUCUGAGAAAAUAAAAUUGGCCAAAGAGGGGUCAGAUGAAGAUCUGGAUUUGGUUCAACAUCAGAUAAUCCCUGAGUGUUCAGAUGAACCCAAAUUAAAAGAGUUAGAUUCUCAGCUUCAAGAUGCUAUUCAGAAGAUGAACAGAUUUGAUAAAAUAUUGGUGAAGAGACAAGAUAGAGAAAAAGAAAUUAAGAAGCAAGGGCUAGAAAUGAGAAUAAAGCUAUGGGAAGAACUUAAGUCUGCAAAAACUAGUGAAGCUUUGCAAAGUAAUGAGGAGAUGGAAAAUACAAAAAAAUUUUUAUCUCUGACUGCUGCAUCUGAAGAAACUGUUGAUCCUUCUUGUUAUGAGGAUGAAGAUGCCUUUUUCCCAGUGUUUCACACUCAAGUUCCUCCAGAAGAAUAUGAGAAGCAGAUGCAGAAUGUCAAUCAAGAUUUUACCUAUGAUGUGGAAAGAAAUGAGUCAUUGAUCAAAGCAGAAAAGAAAUCUUUCUCAAAUACAGAAAAGAUUGAGCUCAGGGGUAAACACAACCAGGAUUUUAUUAAGCGAAACAUUGAGUUGGCCAAGAAUUCAAGAAACCCAGUGAUUAUGAUUGACAGAGAGAAGAAAAGGCUGGUUGAGCUUUUGAAGGACUUGGAUGAUCGAGAUUCGGGACUGUCCAGUUCUGAGGGUGAUCAGUCUGGAUGGCUGGUUCCAGGAGAAGGAUAUACACUUGCAGUCACCCAGCAUCAGCAGCUCACUGAAAUCAAUUUAAAACUCCAAGAACUGUCUGCAGUGUCCCCAACAAUUUCCAGCUUUUCUCCAAGCCUUGCAAAUCAGAAUGAGCAGGAGCCCAAACUUGAUGAUGAAAGAAAUAUGGAAAUAACUCCAGGAGAAAAGGUACUUAGGAACACCAAAGAGCAACGGGAUCAGCAAAAUCGGCUGAGAGAGAUAGAUGAAAAGCUGAGAAAGAUGAAGGAAAAUGUGUUAGAUUCCACAUCACUUCUCUCCGAGGAACAGUUAAAGUGUCUUCUGGAUGAAUGCACAUUCAAACAUAAAUCCAUCAUUAGACUUUCUUCAGAAAAAGGAACCAAAGACAUUGAGGAUAUAACACCUGCAUUCCACCAGCUUUCCAGAUCCACCACCUCUGAGUCACUAAGUGGAUCAGAAACAGAGGUCCAGAAAACUGAGAUGAAAGAUGCUCAUGUGCUUGACAAUGCAGAAUGUGAAGCUUCUAAAGGCUACUAUCUCACUAAAGCCUUGAUGGGGCAUUACAUGUCAGAAGCUCUUGUCAUUGAAGCAGGGAAUAUGAAAUGCUUCCAAUUUUCCAAAGAUGAGGUUGUUAGUGACACGAAAGACUAUUUUAUGUCGAAAACUCUUGGCAUUGGGAGACUGAAAAGGCCCUCUUUCUUGGAUGAUCCACUGUAUGAUAUCAAUGUGAGCUUUUCAUCAGAAGACCAACAUCUGAAACUCAGCCCUCCAGAGAAACCAAAAACAGAUGAACAGGAGGCUAAAGACAUGACAGAAGAAUGUAAAGAAUCCUAAGUAAGGACCUGCUGGGGUGUGCUUUUGAGAAAGUUGGUAAUUAAGUUAUAUUACAUUUUUGGGGAAUAUUUUGAAUUCAAUGAGUG